GGCUGGGGGCGGGGCAGCGUAGGGCGGGGCGCGCCGCGCUGUUUUGCGCGUGUCAGCGGGGCCUGGAGCGAGCGGUUGGGAACUUUCGUUACUCCUCUCAGAGAGAACCUGCGGCUGCGGCGACGGGAGUGGCGGUAGCGAGGCGAGGAAGAGGCCACCUGGCGAGCCAUGGACCUGCGGAAGGUGAGCGAGCUGCGGGCUUUCGUGAAGCUCUGCAAGCAGAACCCGGCCCUGCUGCACUCUGAGGAGCUGCACUUCUUCCGCGAGUGGGUGGAGAGAAAGGACUCCUAGAGAGAAAAAGAUGAAAAAUAUGUCUGGAUUACAAUAUACGGUGGUCGCACGUGUGCCUGUUUUGCUUUUUGUGUAUGUGCUGGUAUAUCGUGGACUGUGGCUGCUCCAAACAUGGGAGGUACAAUACCACCGGCUCCAUGCAACACUUCUGCAGAAGGGGCUGAUGAGGCAAGAGCAGAAGAAAAGAAGCCAGAGGAACCACCAAAGCCACCAGAGCCUGAGAGUGAAGAGAGUGACUUGGAAAUUGACAAUGAAGGAGUGAUUGAACCAGACAAAGAUGAACCUCAAGAAAUGGGAGAUGAAAAUGUUGAGGUAACAGAAGAGAUGAUGGAUCAGGCCAAUGAGAAGAAGAUGGAAGCUAUUAAUGCACUAGGCGAUGGAGAACUUCAGAAAGCCGUUGACUUGUUCACAGAAGCCAUCAAGUUGAAUCCUCAUCUGGCUAUUUUGUAUGCCAAACGAGCCAGCGUCCUUGUGAAAAUGCAGAAGCCAAAUGCUGCUAUUAGGGAUUGUGAUAGAGCCAUUCAGAUUAACCCUGAUUCAGCACAGACCUACAAAUGGCGAGGAAAAGCCCACAGGUUGCUGGGUCACUGGGAGGAGGCUGCACAUGAUCUGGCAUUAGCCUGUAAACUGGAUUAUGAUGAAGAUGCUAGUACCAUGCUGAAGGAGGUGCAGCCACGAGCUCAGAAGAUUGCAGAACACAGAAGAAAAUAUGAACGAAAGCGUGAAGAGAAGGAAAUCAGGGAAAGGAUGGAAAGAGUAAAGAAAGCCCGAGAGGAACAUGAGAGAGCUCAGAGGGAGGAGGAGACACGGCGACAAACAGGAGGAUCUCAGUUUGGCGGCUUCCCGGGGGGCUUUCCUGGUGGAAUGCCAGGUGGCAUGCCUGGGAUGGGGGGUAUGCCUGGUCUCAAUGAAAUUCUUACUGACCCAGAAGUUCUGGCAGCCAUGCAGGAUCCAGAAGUCAUGGCAGCUUUCCAAGAUGUUGCUCAGAAUCCAGCCAACAUGUCAAAAUAUCAGAAUAACCCUAAAGUCAUGAAUCUCAUUGGCAAACUAUCAGCUAAAUUUGGAAGUCAACCUUAAAAUCCCCUUUCAUUGCGAGAGGUGGGGAAAGUAUUGAUUACUUACUGUAUGUUGCAAUAACACAAACCAUUGUACCUCUGAUUCUCAAAAGAGAAGUAGAGUGCUCUGGGUAGAAUCACUCUUUCCCCUCCCUCCAUGCUUCAAAAAUGAAUUGCAGUCAGUUGAUGACUACUUGGUUUCUAUUUAAAAAUCACACACUUUCCCUUCUCACCUUCUCUGCCCAGGAGUUUCUUACUUCACAGUAUUGUACUUUUAAAAUUGUGUUAAUUGUAAUCUUCCAGUAGUUUGCACCAAAAAGUCUAGUGGGGGGGUGGCGGGAGUGGAGGGUUGUGGUGGCUCUUUUUUAUACUGGCUUUGAGUUUCUGCUUCCCAGCAGAACUUCUAAAUAGUGCUUAAGCCCUAUACAUGAGAUGAGGGGAUCUGUUUUUUAUUUUUUUGUUUAAACUGGAAGAAGUAGUACAUAAUUUGUAUUCAUUUUUACAUUCACAAGAGUGACUUAAACAAUUAAAUGGAAACUUCACAGCUUAGAUCCCUUUAGCAAUGGGAAAUGUCCCUGUCAAUUUGGCUUUCAAUAUGUUGGUACAAAUAUCAGAUUACUUUUAAAAUCAAUGUUAAACAGAAACAUAUGACCUUGUCAAGUUGUAUAGAUAGCAGGUGUUUUUAUCAGCAUUAAUAAGCUGGCAGACUUAAAUGGCUUGGAGCCUUCCAUUACUUGUACUGAUUGACAGUUGAACAUUGUUGUCAGGCUUCAUUUCUUUAAUAUUUCUGGAAGGAAACAAAUUGGUUCCCACUAUCAUCUUGCAUUCACUAUAUUAGACAAUUUGCAAUGCAAGUAUGCAGGAUAUGUCUGCUGUGAAGUGCAGAAAUCACACAGUGGAGAAGCUCUAGAUCUUGAGUUUUGAGACCCAAUAAGCCUACAUAUCUUGGCCGAAACAUUGAUUUGGUGUUGUCCAUCCCAUUUGUGUGGCUGGGUACUCUCCAAUUUCCCAUAGUUCCCAGUUGUCUGUCUCUAAUACUGGUUUUAUGGGGGUUUUGUUAAUGUAUUUUCACAUAAUUUGUGGGGCUUGAGUUUGGAAGAGAGGUGGUCUGGGCUGGAAAUGACAGAGUUUCAAUAUAAUUACAGCAUGUGUAUUCAUUGAAUACAUUGCUGAAAUGUUCAUUGACAGCUAAUACAAUUAAAUCUCUUUUCCUAUACUAAAUUUGAUUUUCUGCUUUUAAUGUUGGAAAGCUUAUUAUGAUUAGGUCUUGGACACUUCUAGGGAUUUUGAAUGUUGCUUGUUCUGUGCGCUUGUAAUUUUGUCUGAAUCCAUAAGCUAUGUCAUCUUUUUUCUUUAAUUAAACAUAGAGUGAUUUAGGAACUCAACAUUUUAAAAACAAACCCCAGAAAGGUUUUUUUUCCUUGAAUGAAAGGAGAGAUGAAUUCAUUUUUGCUUAAGAAAUAGUUCUGAAAAUACUUCUAGUUGCCUUUUAAAAAUAAUAAAAUCUGGUUUUGAAGAAA